AUGAAAUGUAAGUGCACAUACGCCAAGCCAUUCAUUAGAGUAUAACGUUGUGUGCAUAGCCUCUGUGUAGCGAGUCUAUUAGUUUUUUUUUAAUUAAAAAAAAUGUUUAAAAUUGUUGCCCUGUUCCUUUUGGCGCUCACGUCGGUCAUAAGUCAAGCGCCCUACGAUUACUACCAUGUGCUGCAUCUACCCCACAACCCACCGCUAUACCCCGUGUUCCAGAAACCUCCACCCACACAGUUCAGCUGCGCUGGCCGUUCCCGGGGGUAUUAUGCUGAUGUCCAAAGCGGUUGUCAGGCGUACCAUUUCUGUUGGCGGCAACAUCUAGUUAGUACCGACUUGUGCACCAACGGAACUUUGUUUAAUGAACAAUUCCAGGUUUGUGAUCACUUCUAUAACGUAAGAUGUGGCUCGCCGUAUGAAGACCUGUAGUAUUGAAUUAAAUAUUUAUUGUGAAUUAAAACAUAUAUUUAUUAUAAA